UGUUAAAAUGACGAGUGAAUGGCGAGUAGCAAUAGCAAGAGCAACUUUAGAAAAUAGAAACAUUGUUUCUUUAUGUAUAUUGUAUUGGCAUUAUAGGCCAUAAUACCGAAGUGUUGACAGAAAAAAUAUAUUUUAUUGAUUAUAAACGUAUUUAGUUGCGUCUAUUACGUAACUUUGUAUAUUUAAAUUUAUUUGGUAGUGACGUCCGCAAAGCGUUAUGAAUAUCACGUUUGCGAUUGCCCGGCGUUUGAUAACAUCUAUAAAAACUCGCAGUCAGAUAAAAAGAGGUUUUAAUAUAACUAGUGAGGUUGGUGUUAGGAAGUUUUCAUUCAGCUCGUGCAGAAAUAUGAAGCUCGUUCAAUUCGUUUAUAAUGAUAAUCCUAGUGAGAUCCGGGUCGGUUAUUUAGAAGGUGAUAAAGUAGUGGACAUCAAUAAAGCGGACUCCAGCUUACCAAGUAAUUUAUUGGAUAUUUUAAAGAAUGGUUAUUUUGACAAAGUUAAAAAAUUAAAAUCUUCAAACCCACCAUCAGUGCCUUUGUCUUCCGUCAAACUAGCAGCACCCAUCCAUGGAAACGACAAGGUUUUGUGCAUCGGUCUCAAUUACAAGGAUCAUUGUGAGGAACAGAAUUUGAAACCACCCGAGGUUCCAAUGAUCUUCAGCAAAUUUUCUAGUACGAUUAUCGGACAGAAAGACGCUGUGAAACUUAGGACUGACGUUACUAAUAAAGUAGACUGGGAAGUUGAAUUGACAGUUGUAAUUGGUAAAAAGGCUAGUAACGUGAAAGCAGCUAACGCAUUCGACUAUGUCUUGGGCUACACUGUCGCCCAAGACAUCAGUGCAAGGGACUGGCAGAAAACUAAAAAUGGGGGACAGUUCUUACUUGGCAAGUCAAUGGACACAUUUUGUCCAAUCGGUCCCUGCAUCACCACAAGCGAUGAAAUUGGAGAUCCGCAGAACUUGAGCAUCAAGUGCAGUGUGAACGGAGUUCUGAAACAGUCAAGUAAUACUAAUCAGCUGGUACAUAAAAUACAAGAUGUCAUUGAGAGACUUAGCUCGAUAAUGACACUUCUGCCAGGCGACAUCAUACUAACGGGAACGCCAGGCGGUGUCGGAAUGUACAGAUCGCCUCCAGAAUACUUGAAGCCAGGAGACGUUAUUCAUAGUGAAAUUCAAAAUAUAGGCGUUCUUGAAACAAGAAUUGAGAAAUUUUAAUUGAUUACAGGAUACUUAUUUAUUCCGCAAUAUAAUUCAGGAUUCUAAUUAAAUGUUAAACAAGCUGAUAGUGUAUACUCAACUUACCGUUACCGUAAACUGGCUGUGCUUUUUAGAAUGUGUUCGAUAAUAAACGGUACGGAAACAUAAGAAAUCGUUUUUUUUUUUUACCUGGCGUAAUUCAGUCAGUAUUUUUACAUUGUUAAAUUUCAUUCUUAAUUUUUUUUUUUCAUUGGCUAUUCUUAUGAAACAGUUCUAACAUCUGCUGAGCUUCUAGUGGGAAAUAAAGUAAUCUAAUUAAUUAAUUAUUAAAUUUGUAAGAAUUUAUGGUGUCUGAAAUAAAGUUUAAUCAAGGUUAGCCACAGCGAAAUAAUACUGUUCUCAAUUAGCAUUUACCUCGUAACGACUGUACCAAAUUUAUCAAUUUACAUUUUGAUUUACAAAAGAAAGGUUCGUAUGAAGACAAUUUAAAGAAAAUUGUUAUAUUCACGAAAGAAAACUGUAACGAAGGAACUAAAUUCGACGGGUCAAAUAGUGGUAUAUAAAAAUGUAUGUGUGUCCUACAUUUUAGAAAAUUCUUAAUGUAUGUCUAAAUUAACCUAAAUUACGCUGUUAUGUCAUCAUUUAACAUUGUAACACAAGUUGAGAUGCCACAAGCGCUGGAUUAUAUUACGGAACAUUUAUUUAAACACGAAAAUAAUUAUAUUUUUACCAUUAUAUACGAAAAUGUUAUAUCAAAUCUAUUUUAUAUAGGAAAUCUUUUAAUAAAUAGCGCAUAUUAUAAA